AUGGCCAUGGACAGUUUGGUUGGUUUAGACUCCAUCUCCAGUCUGGAUCCAGAUAACAUGCUGUCUGCAAGGUCCACCAGCUCGUUAAGUUCUACGGAUGAUGUCUUAUCCGGCAAUCCAUCACGCAAGAAGAAAGCCAACACACUCUCUCGCUUGAGGAAACUUAAAAAGCCAGGAUCUGCCAUUCUUCAAGGGAAGGUAGAUGGACUGGCGUCCUCCUCACCCAUCAGUGACAUCAAGGAUUUAGCAGGGAACCAGCUGGAUAAACACAUCAAUGGAAAUAUUACAGACGUGUCGGAAAGCGUGCAUGAAACCAAAGAGAGUGCCGACAGCAGAAUUCAAGACGGAAGGGAAGAAAUCUCAUCAUUUUCGUCUAGAGCGAGGGACUCGCUUAAGUUGAAACCGUCACCUUCUCCCCGCAUCAAGCCUCGCCGCAUCAGGCCACUAGAUGGCACUCUCGAUAGCUCAGAGGACAAACUGGACAGUGGUAGUGCAAGACGUAACACUAGUGAGCUAGACAGUUUGAUCGGUCCACUGCCGCUUGCAAGACCGACAAGGGUCACCCCGCUUGACGGAGAGGUGGAACCCAUCACCGUGAAAAAUGGCACAAGUACAGACUUCACAGAUAUGAAAAAAGACACAAACAGCAAUAGUUUAUUGAGUAUCGAACCUAAACCCUCUCCCCGAGUCAAGCCCCGCCGAUUUGCAAAUCUGGGAACGGACUCGAGUGAUAUUGCAGCAAAACCUAAGGAACGGACGGAAAAACGUUCUGUGUUUUCAGAAGAAUGGUCUACUGUUCAAGACGAGCAGAAGACGAAAGAGGCCCAGCUCAGUAAUGGCAUUUUCAAACCAGUUUCAUCAAGUCUGGACCGUGUUUCGAUGCUGCCCCCUCUUGAAAUUACUAAGACAACACUCAAUGAAAACACUGUUGAAGACUUGCCUGAAUCACUGCAAUCGGACAAGAAACCUGUUGAGGAAAAUAUUGUCCCAGUGGCAGUUGCGACAGAAGAAGCAAUACUGCCCCAGUCGUCUGAAAUAGUCCAAAGUGGCCCGGCACAUUUGGAAAACUUGACAAAAUCAAAUGCGACAUCCGAAGCAGUGUUGGAAGAAGCUUCCACACUCGAUGAUGCUGUGAACUUUGAUGAGGAUUCAGAUGCUGAAGAUUUAAUAGUCGUUCCGGAUAAUAGCCCUACGAAAACCAGUCUGGUGACAACAGAAAACAUCAUGAACGAGUCAAUAAGGCGAAGUUCAGGAGAUGGGGAAAGUGACCCUGUAGACAACAUCAAAGGUAGUCGGACUUCUCUCCGAAGUAGUUCCGAUUUCCUGCUUCCUGUAAAGACCUCCACACCUUCGAAAACUGAGUUGAAACAGGAAACCUCGUCGCAAAAUACUGACGAUGAAGAGGAUCUUAUUGUGAGUACUUUUGCAGACAAGGCCAACGGAGGAAUUGAGGAAACGAUCACCGCUACCCAAAAUCAAGGGGAGGAGUCAGUAAUGAAGCGUGUGACUCCUGAAGAAUUGGCGGCAGAGCUGAACAAUUUGAGCGAGGACGAAACAUUGAGGGCGCCCUCUGAGUCCGUCCGAACUGACUCAACUCUCAGAGAAGGUGGUGAUAUCGACGAUGAGAGUGGGGAACAGACUGUUAUCCAACCAACUGUGAAUCACACCAGUAUAGAGUCCGGUGCCCAUACUGAAUAUGCAGAGAUCCCCAGGAGUGAUCGCCCCUCCCCCCUUAUUGGCGAGGCCCCGCCCUCGCUUCCUGUCUCCUCUGCAGACUUUGCCUCAUUCAAACCCGACGACAUUGACAAUUCUGUAGCCAUGUCGGAGCCGAUCUUAGGAACUGCGAGCUGCUCGCAUCUCUCAGACACUAGCCGUUCCUUCAUGUCCACUGGAGCACUGUCCACGAUUACCACAAGAACUGCCAGAAACAAGACCUACCUAACUGGCGGGGCGAGUACGUCAGGAUCAUUACUCAGCAAAGAAGAGCUGGAGCGAUUUUUCCCCGAUCGGAAGGUCAAGAUCUUCAUCGCCACUUGGAACAUGUGUGAAGGAAAGGUAUUACCGGAUAAUCUUGAGGAGUUAUUGCUUCCAGAAGAUUGCGUCUUGGUUCAGGAUCUCUAUGUCAUCGGAACACAAGAAUCAACAUCAGAUGGGCAAGAGUGGGAGAUUCGUCUUCAGGAGACCCUGGGCCCAUCUCAUGUCCUCCUCCACUCAGCCACCCACGGUGUGCUCCGACUUACCAUCUUCAUCAGAAGAGAUCUCAUCUGGUUCUGCUCAGCUGUUGAAGAUGACACUGUGUCCACCAGGGCCUUCUCAAUGAUCAAAACAAAGGGUGCAGUAGCGGCUGGUUUUACAUUCUUUGGGACAUCCUUCCUCUUCAUCAACUGUCACUUUACAGCUGGUGACGAGCAAAUCAAGGAACGCAUCGCCGACUAUGAGAAGAUCAUCAAAGAUUUGCAGCUACCUUUCAAAGUGCCUCCAACCAGAAAGUUCAAUAACCUCAACACUGACGUGACCAGUCGCUUUGACUGCAUCUUCUGGUGUGGAGACUUCAACUUCCGUCUAACAGAGAACCGGGCCAAGGUGGAGAACUGGGCAGGGGAACUACGGGACGGGAAAAAGGCGGACUACAGCAUCUUGCUGAAAUACGACCAACUCAAGAAAAACAUGAAAAAAAAGAGUAUUUUCAUAGGUUUCCACGAGGAAGAGAUUGAGUUCCUACCCACCUACAAAUACGACAUCGGCGGAGAUGUGUACGACUCCUCAUCCAAAGCCAGGGUUCCAUCAUACACGGAUCGUGUGCUGUUCAAGAGUCGCCGGUCGGCCCAAAUCCACAGUGUGCUUUACAAUGCCUGCAAUAGCAUCAAAGUGUCCGACCACCGACCUGUCUAUGCAAUGUUUGAAGUCAAGAUACGACCCGGAAAGGACGAUUCCUUAACAUCCGGAGGCGUGUUUUCACGAGAAGUGUUCAAUGAAGCCAACAAGAGACGUUCAGCCAAGGCAGCCAUGUCAGACAUGAUGAUGUCACAGAAAUCCAGCGCAGUCUGCUCCGUCAUGUAACAAAGUCUCCUCAACCACGGCAGUCAUUCAAUGUCUGGUACCUGCAAGGAUUUCACUUGAGGAGCAUGAAGCAAUGUGCUUUAUUGAUGGUACCAGUCUAUUUUGGUAUGGGUCACACAAUAAAAAAAUGUACUUUUGCACAAAGACAAUAUUCACUUUGUCGACUGUUUAGUGUAGCAAUGAUCUUUAAAAGAACAUUUUUAGUGUACUGGAAUGAUUUUGACCAAUAUUAAACUGUAAAACGCAGGUUUAGUAAAAGUAAAAGUAAGUCUAUCACGAGCCAAUGUGGCCCAUCAGACCAGUGUUUAUCUCCGGUUUCAGUAGCAUGAAACGACUGAGAAUAUUUCUACUCCCCCUGGAUGGGAUGCCAGUCCAUCACAGGUUACUCUCCAGCUAAUGCCGGUACCCAUUUAUACUCCUGGGUGGAGAGAGGCAAGUGGGGAUGAAGUGGCUUGCCCAAGGACACAAUAAUAAUAAUAAUAAUAAUAUAGAUUUAUAUAGCGCACUUAUCCGGAAAACCCGAUCAAGGCACCUACACACACAGAAAUAGUCCAGCUCCAGUAUGACAUAUGACCAGCAGCUGGAUUCGAACCCAUGACCCUGUUUAGAGAUACAGCUUUAAGAAGGUUUUAAGGCAAAGCUCUGUGACUUGUAAUCUGGUGGAUGCUGGAUGCUGUUUAAAGUUCGGCUGGAUUCAACUUAUGUUCACUUUCAUUCAGGUUGUGACAGUGACAUGAAUGGUCUUUCAAAUAUGGGCAUCCGUAACUGGAUAUUUAUGAACGCAGUUUAUACAGUGUGUCCCAAAAAAGUGUCCGUCUAAAUAUUUUGAAAUAAACAAAGUAAAUUUAGAAACUUUUCAAUUGUGCAGAUACUCCUAACCCUUGGCCUAAACCCCUGCGAGUGUCGUUAAAUUUUCCUCACGCCUCGCUGAACAGUGGUCAAUUGAUCACAACAAGUUCCUUGCCCUAAAGCCCGAGUCCAUCAUUUGCAGCUAUUCAAAAAGUA